AUGGAACGACAAAAAGUUACUGAUGAAAACGUCAAUCUGGAUAGCCCAAACGAAGAAGCUAACAUCACAGAUCAAAUAAAGGCUUUCUUAAAGCCCGUUCGUCCACAUGAAAAAGAUGCAGAUAAGGACAAAGAUUCCAACGCCAGUGAUUCAGAGCAGGAAAAUGUGACAAAAGAAUCUUUCGAUCAACUCCGUAAACAGUCGACCAUGGCGGCAGAAACCAUUAACGAAGUUCAAACAUUCAAUUUAAGCAACUUCAGUACUGAUGCCGACAAUGAACUCUAUUUUGAAAAUAAAAUAUCGCACGAAUCAUCGGAGGAUAGGGUCGAUGAAUUUUUCAGUAAAUUCAGUGGAGAUUACAAACCUACAGUGGACGAUGAGCAGAAGUUGUUGGAUUCUAUCAAAAUUAGUGACACGGACCCCUACGUUCUUGAGCUCAUAGACAACUACAUGCAAGAUUAUGUUCCCCAUGUGCCACCGAAGUUGUUGUUGGAUAUGUUAGAAAAAUCAAUGGAGGAUAUUCAGCGCCAAGUUAAUUGCGAGUUGGGAACAAAAGAUAGAUUCUACGGAUGGGUCCUAGAUACCUUCCCACUUGAUGUUUCUUACUGGGUGGCUUUGCUUAGAAGACCCAACAUGAAGCCUGAUUCUGUCUUCUUCCUGACCGAUGUGAGUCCUCGCAAAGAAAUUGUCCUCUCCCAGUGGUACGAGAAGGAGCGCCGUCAACUGAAUGAAAAGAUGUUCACUCGACUGAGAGAUCAUUUGAUGAAAGAAAUGAAGGACGAAAGGUUUUUAGUGCACAAAAUUGACAAAAAUUCACGCGUUUUUGAUGAACACAUAGAACAGGAGGAAGAGAGCUGGCUAGAAGUUGAUGAAGUAGCUGAGAUAAAUAGAACCUUUUCAAAUCCUCUCAAACCAUCAACGUCGGCUACGAGACACAGUAAAAAUAAACUACCGCCCAUCAUAAAAACAUCUCUCCCAAGUCAGCAAAAGUUUUCAGAAUCAUCCGCUUUGGAAUUUAAAAAAAAUUUUAGCAAAACCAGUUACGCGAAUAACAAUAAUAAAAUGAAACAAAAUGGUGCUAAUAAUAGCAAUGACAAUGCCAAUGCUAACGCUAACAACAACAACAAACUCUGUUAUAAUUACAAUUGCGAUUAUGAAAGCCAUGAAAAUUCUCAUAGCGCUAAUCAUUCCAAACGAAGCUCAGACGCGAAAACAGAAAGAAUAAAUUUUUUGGAUAACUGGAUUAGCCACAAUGAGGAUGAAAAUGUUAAAGACAAUAAAGAAAAAAUUGAAAAAAGCGAUAUAAUAAAUGAAGAGUUUAAUGACGACGACCGUGGAAUCAGCAUUGUAAAUAUUAACAGUAAUAACAACCUUAACAAUAACAGCAUUGAUUUCCCUGACAAUGUUAACAAUGUGAAUAAUAGUCAGUCAUUGCAGAAUACUGACGAUGCAUCCUUGAAAAAAUCAUCAAAACAAGUUGUUUCUACUAAAAAAACUCGAAUGCAAUCCACUCUCUCAAAAGCCACUUCCUUAUCUUUAUUAUCUUCAUCUUCAGCAGUUCUUGUUAAUCCUAAAGAGAACAGAAUGAGAUUUUUCACUAGAAGCACAUACGCGCCACCUUCCGAUAAAAGAAAACGUUCGUUUUUGGCCAAAAAAAUGCGCCGCUCAACGCUAAACAAAUUGAGCUUUACAUCGUUGGCUAAGAAAAUAACACCGCCCAAGUCAACCAGCGAAGAUGCCCUCAACAAACGUGCUGCCGAAAUAAAUGAAAAAAUUAUAGAUGUGCAAAAUGUCUUCAAGAGCCUCGGCUUGAAUUACACUGAUGGAUAUGACAACUUACUCAGUGGACUUAGUCAGAUUGUGGUUUUUGGAGUGCAAACUAGAAAAAGCAUUACAGAAGAAAUUGCUCAAAGUUGUAUUAUUGUUUAA